GAGCAUGUGAGCAGCGGGAGAUUGUGGAGAAGCUAUCAACCACAAGAAGUGACGCCAGAUGAAAACUACAGCUGCGACAGGCUAGAGAAUCCAGAAGAGCAACCUUUUCAACAGCUUAUUGCAGGAUCUAUAAUUUCGGAUGAUGUGUUGAGAGUGAGUGCUAAUAUUAGACGAGAUCAACAUGGAGUAGAACGAGAAGACCAGCAAAGUAGAGUACAACACCGGCAUCAAGAACAUGUCGAAGUAGGGAUAGUUGAGCAGCCAAAGACUCGCAGCAGAAGCAGUUCGGGGUCUUCGUCUCAGCAGCUGCAAAUCGGAAAAAUGACUACGGAAUACGCGAUCGAUCGCCUCAUGGAGGCGGCUGUGGACCUGUGCCUCCGAGAGGCACAUGCCGAAGAACAGGCCAGCAGUUCCAUGCCUUCCGACGCGGUACCAACAGAAGAAACAAAUGGCCGUGGGGAAGUAGCUGCGGAGUUGCAUGAUGCCCACCAAGUAGACUUAACUGAUGUCACUUUGGAUGCGACAACACCGAAGUCUCAGAUAAGCGAAAGAGGACAUCAUGUUCGUGUGGGAGAAAGCAAGAUUGACGAUAACGAUCUUUUUGAUAAGGAAAUAGGCGAGGGAAAUCAAGUAGUGGUCAUUGAUGAUGAAGAAGACGCACAUGCGACGAUGGGCAUGAAACAAUCGUCAUCAGAAAGCACGAAAAGCGUUGGAGGUGGGGGUGUCAAUUUCGCACAAUCGAUUGAGCUUAUCGCACUGAGUGCCGGAGUUUCAUCCUGCGGCAGUAGAGCUAUAGAUUUCGAAGUGAAAAAAGUGGUCGCGAACGUCGCAUUUGAUCACGAGGAUGAUGAUGAACAUCUUUGCGGAACUGAUGGUUUGGCUCAUCUUGUGGCGGAUCCAUUUCGAGCAGAAGCAGACGUACUAGACGAUGAUGAAGAUGAUGAUUCUGAUGAUCGUCGAACAUCUAAGCCUUUCUCUACGACUCAUGAGGACCACGAUGACGAACAUGUCCUAGGCGUCAAUGUAGAGGAGGACGAGGAGCCCUCUUCAUUGCGAACGCAACAUAACGAUAAUGUGGAAACAGGGGCAGGAAGAGGUGUGGAUACAUCAGCGCAUGGUGGUCCUGAUUCCGAAGAUCAUUUACAACUGCUAGGCGAGUCUCCUUGUUGUAGCAAAACUGAUCCUGGUGCACGCCCUUUCUAUUCUGUGCGAUCUCUGCGUGGCUUGCUCAAGACCCAUUACUUCUCCCGGUGGAGGCAGUACCUGUAUCGUACACGCCACUGGGAAAAACAGGACGCGUCACCAUCGACGGGGAGAGCUUCGAAAAAACACCACCAGAAGAUAACGGAAAAGGGAAAAUCGCCGACUACAGCGUCUCGUACUGCUAGAAGUCGUAGCGCAAGUCCCUCUCCGUUUGCAACGCGAGGACAGAGUAGAAGCACACGGCGCUGCAAUGGUCGUCCUCUACCAACGGCUAGUGCGCGACUCAGGAAGGCAAAAAACAAAAGUCCAAGGAAUAACGGCUCACAACCAAGUAAAGUAUCAGAUACAACGACUUCAGCAGCUGUGGGGGGUGGGACGAAAACGAAUGAUAAAAAGACAAUCAGAGAAGGUGGAGCAGGAGGCACUUCUGGUAAGGGCAGCACACCGACGAGAGGCGCGAAUAAAACGCAACCGAAGGCGAGCAACAAAGUCAAACCUCCGUCUGGAAACUCUUCGUCACGUCCUGGCGAAGGAGAAGUGAAGCAGACUACUCGGAAAAAGAUCAAAACAUCAAAUGCAUCUAGUAACAAGGCAGAUUACACCAGCACCCACCCCUCUGAAGGGGAUGCUACUGGUAGUAGACCAAAUCAUGAAGAUACAACGAAUAAAACGACUUCUACAACAGAACAUGAUUUUACCUUCACGCUUGGAGUGAUUCCAAUGACGACGAGCAGCGCAGGUCCCCAGCCAAAGCCUCCGCCUGGCAUAACAGCGCCGAAAGCGAAGCCCUCGCCACGCCGACGACGGCCAAGCAUCCUAGAAUCACAAUGGCGUGGCGAUCUACACACAGUAGAUGAACCUCUUCACAAGGCCGAAAGUAGCACGACAGUGACCAAGAUGAUGAGCGGUUCUUGUGUACUGCAGUCUUCCGGAGGUGGUCAGGCAUCGUCUACUAUUGAAAGUUAUGAAGACACUGUCUCAAUGUCCGUCGUCCUCGAAGAUACUUAUAAAAUAUAUAAAUAUAUAUAUGUAAUGAAGAUUUUUAUAUUGUUACAGCUUGUUGCAUGAUCGUAGAAGUAGUUCUAUCUUGUGGUGAUUAGCAGUAGUUAAACCAUGAACUAGACAAUUGCGCAGUACGACUACAGAAAUUGUUCGCCUGGUGCUCUGUCUUGCAUUUCCAUUCCUAUGUUUUUACAACAAGAACAAUCAGAUCCGUUCUAAAAAAGUAAUCAUCAUAGAGGUUUGAUGGACCCGCAGGUUCCGAUAGAACAUUUUGAGCGGUAUUGGAUGCGUGAAAAAGGGGUUAAUGACCGCUUCUACAGUGAAGUUCGCGACUUCCAUGACGAGGUGUAUUACUCCAGCAACUUCACAAAAAAAAAGAAGAACUUACUUGCUGCGUCAAAUCAGCAGCAUCAGCGGGGUCCUGGUUCUGCUCAGAUGAACAACAACAAACCUUCAGGCGCAAUGCCGCUAGUACCACUUUCGUUGAGCAGCAUUCGUUCGCCUGGUCUUCGUACGACGUCUGCGGGUAGUGGCGUGCCUGGAGGAAACUUGCGUCCGUAUCGCGCGUCUUCUGAAUCGACAUCUUGCCAUUCGAGCCCGGUAAAAAAUAGCCAAGCAUGUGCUGCGAUGCGCUCAACGAGGGUGGGAGCCGAUUUCUCUCGUGUAUUUCAAUUUUUUGCUUUCUUACUUCGACUUCGCGUUGACGGCUCAAUAUGGCGCACAUGAAAUUUGAAUGCUGGAUUCAUCGUCGUGUUACAUCUGACAGCUCGUACUUCUCGUAAUGCAUUACGCUUCAUAGGAGGAGGAGAACGUAGUACUUCGUUUAUGAUAGCCACACGACACAGGAGACACACUCUCCAAUGACGUGAUAGACCUGUAUCUGCUUCUGCACGAUACUGGCUACGGUAUUCUGGCAAUUGUGUUGAUUGAAUGUCUCUACCCCACUGAAUUUCGUACAAUUAGGUCUACAACCAAUACCAGCGACCACCUCCGCACGAUACCGAAAGGCUCUUGCUCGGAGCGGCAUGUAAUCGCGUGCAGAAUUCUGAAGAGUUUCAUGAGUGGAGAGUCGGCAUCGCUUCUAUGGUUCUGAACGAUAUCUACCGCACCCGUCUCGCGAAAAUAGAGAGAUUGAAAAACAGGAAGCAGUAGGUUUGUUUUUGUUGAUUUGAUUAAACAAAUAAAGAGUAAUACUGCAAAACAACUAGAACUUGAACUAGUGCUAGUAGUUCAGAGAUUAAAACCUAUCAGAUGACAAUAUAGAGCUGCCGCUACCUAAGAAAUCAUAUGUAGUACAUUUGAAUUUGCAAUAAUGUCAUAAGUAUUACAGUGAAGAUGUAGACUUUGAAUUUAACGAGGAGGAAUAGAAUAUACGAGGUCUUUGCUUGCAAGAAUUCGACGUGCCAAAUAGUAUUGACUCGAGAGCACGACUCCAAUACUGGUUCACGAUUGAUAUUACAGCUUUUCUGAUGGUAAAUAUUUACAUAAUUAAUCUGCAGUUAUUGCUUGAUUUUAAGAACAAGAUGAAGAUUAUGUUCAUGCUUUUUCUCAAUCUCACGCCCACCAGUAAAUAUAGAAUUAGCUACCACGUUCUUUGAAUGUACUACAGUACAGGAAAGAAGUUUAGAGUCGAUUUAGUAGAAAUAAGAGCAAUUAUGUUCAGGCUGAACGAAAGAACAAACAUAGUAUUAUUUGUGCCAGUCACACGAUGAACACUAUUGAACGACACCAUUAAUAGAUUUCAUGACAUAGGGAGCGGGAGGACUUAGCUGCAUUGCCAGGCUGCAUAUGUCGUGAAAUCGGUACGCUUUGUACAGUCUACUUGAUUUUGUUACCAUUGUAAUCUUAUUACGUAAGGUAACCUGAGAAUAAGCUUCCAAGCCCCAGGCGUGGCUUCACGCUCCGAUAUCCAUCCACGUGUGCAUUGUAACUCAAGCAGCUGAAAUGCGAGUGUUGUCCGUGAGCUGACAAUCACGCGCGAUGAAACCAAAAUACAAAAUUACGGAUGAUUAUACCAUAG